AUGUCAGGAAGAGACCGAGAUAGAUAUGACGAUGACCGUCGAAGCCGAUAUAGUAGUAGUCGUAUGGAUGCAUAUGAUGAGCGUGGCGACCGUAAUAACUCUUCUUCAGACAAGAGGAAGCGUGAACGAGAUGUGAGCCCAACUUCUGACAAGGAAGAAGAUCGUGGAAGAAGUCAUAAAGACAGCUCAUCAUCCAAGAAGAGCAAGAAGAAACGUAAUAGAUCCACAUCAGAAGAACAUCGACUAAAGAAGGAAGAACGUAAAAAGCUAAAGGAAGAAUACCAGCUCCAAAAAGAAUCCCAAUUCGCUGAACAAAUGGGUGUCAAUCUAGGAUACGACAACAAAGAUAAUCCAUUCGGCGACUCGAAUCUCGGCUCCAAAUUCGUUUGGUUUAAGAAACGAGAAAAGGAAGCCAAACAAGGAAUGACUAGUGAUGAGCGAUCUCGUCGUGAUGUCGACAAGACGAGAGAAAAGCAGACUGAGCUAGAGAGAUUAACAAAGAGAAGAGCUGAACGGGAGAUUGAAAUGCAGCUACGAGAACAAGAGCAGACUAGGAUGGCGAGAGAUGCUGAACGUGCUCAACUGGGUGAUUGGGAGGAGAGAGAAAAGGACUUUCACUUAUCACAGGCUAAAACUCGGGCACAGAUACGCAUCAAGGAGGGUAGAGCUAAACCUAUUGAUGUGCUCGCCAUGAAUAUAUCACUAGCCUCUGAUUCAGAGAUUGCGGAAGAGUUUGAUGCGUUGGGUCUUGAACCUGAUGCUGAUGAACCAUACAAGAUAUUUGAUAAUCUGAAUAAAAAGGAAGUAGAGGACUUGCAUACCGACAUUCAACUAUACCUAGAGCUGGAAAAGAACGCAGAGAAUCAAGCAUUUUGGCAAGCCAUGAUGGUUAUAUGUGAUGACGAAUUGUCGAAAGCUAGAGGCACUACUCGACAGACCAUUGAUAAAAACGUAGAGGCUGAAAUCAAUAAUAUGCUAUCCAACAAGACGCCUACUCAGCUGUCUGCCUUGCAACGACAAGUAGAAGAUACGCUUGCUAAAGGUGGUACCAUCGAAGUCGAGUAUUGGGAGGCUGUAUUGAAGGCUAUAAUAGUAAAUCGUAGUAAAACCAAGCUGUCUGACAUUCAUUAUGCCAUGUUGCUAAAGAGACGAGAACAGCUUCGAAAGAGACAGUUGGAACAAGCUGAAGAAGUACGAGCCGAAUUAGCAAAGAAUCGUCGUACAUUCCGAGAAUCUCUGGUUAGUAGUGGGUUGAAUAACAGUAAUAACGAUGACAAGGAAGGUGAUGAUGAUGAAGAGCAAACCGUAGCUGCAGCUUCAUCAUCUUCCAAUGUACGAAUACAGCAAGCCAUAGAAGACGAAGAAGAUGACGCCAACCUAAAUGAAGAAUAUAAUCCACGAAUGUCACCACCACCACACGAACUAUCUCGUGAUGAUCGACAAUUACCUGUAUAUACACCCGAGCAAGAUGCUCAAGAGCUGCAUGAAGCUCGACAACGAGUAUUGAAUAAUCAUAAACAGGUUAUACCGUUGUCGUCUGUACUCAAGAUGGCUAAGCCUGUCGAGAGACCGAAUAUGAGUGCUGAGGAGCUGUUUGUUGCCAAGGCUUCUGAGGCUAUGGAGUCUGAUGAGGUUGCGUUUGGGACGAGUGACGAGGUGGAUCUCUCUACUCAGGCGUAUACAUGGCAAGACAAAUACCGACCACGUAAACCACGAUACUUUAAUCGUGUGCAAGCAGGCUUUGAAUGGAACAAGUACAAUCAAACGCAUUAUGACCCAGACAAUCCACCACCCAAAGUCGUUCAAGGAUAUAAAUUCAACAUAUUUUAUCCCGACCUUAUUGAUCGUGGUAAAGCACCCACAUACAAGAUUGAACGAGAUGCAGGAUGGCCUGAUACAGCACUCAUACGAUUCAUUGCUGGACCACCAUAUGAGGAUAUUGCAUUCCGAAUAGUCAAUCGAGAAUGGGAGCAUUCUCAUAAGAAGGGAUUCAAGUCCUCUUUUGAUCGUGGUGUGUUACAGUUACAUUUCAACUUUAAGCGUGCCUACUACCGCCGUUGA